AUGACUAAAGCUCUCAAGCACCACUUUCCUCCAGGACCCAGACCUUUGCCAAUCAUUGGAAAUCUGCACAUCCUCAACCUGAAGAGGCCAUAUCAAACCAUGCUAGAGCUCUCCCAGAAAUAUGGCUCCAUUUACAGUAUCCAUUUGGGACCAAGGAAGGUGGUAGUACUCUCUGGAUAUAAAACAGUAAAAGAUGCCUUGGUUAAUUAUGGUGAUAAAUUUGGAGAACGACCACAAGUGCCUAUAUUUGAAAAAAUGUUUGAAGGAAGAGGUAUUGUCUUCUCUCAUGGGGAAACUUGGAAAACUAUGAGAAGAUUCAGCUUGACCACCUUAAGGGACUUUGGCAUGGGCAAAUCGGUCAUAGAAGACAUAAUUAUCGAGGAAUGUCAACAUCUUAUACAGAACUUUGAGUCUCACAGAGGGAAGCCCUUUGGGAUCAACACAGUAAUGAAUGCUUCUGUUGCUAACGUCAUUGUGUCUGUGUUACUUGGAAAACGAUUUGACUACCAGGACACCCAGUUUCUGAGACUCUUAAAUUUGAUUGGUGAAAAUGUGAAACUCGUAGGCACUCCUGGAAUUCUGUUUUUUAACACAUUUCCUGCUUUGGGACUUUUCCUAAAAAGUCUUAAAACAGUACUCAGGAAUAGAGAUGAAUUAUUUUCUUUUGUAAGGAUGACUUUCUUAGAUUAUCGUCAUAAACUGGACAAAAAUGAUCCAAGAAGUUUCAUUGAUGCCUUUUUGGUGAAACAGCUGGAGGAGAAAAAUACAUCUACUAACUAUUUCAGUGAUGAAAAUCUGGUGGCACUGGUUAGCAACCUGUUUGUGGCAGGAACGGAGACCACCGCCUCCACGCUGCGCUGGGCGAUCCUGCUCAUGAUGCGCUAUCCUGAGAUCCAGAAAAAGGUCCAUGAUGAGAUAAAGUCGGUUGUGGGGUCCGCGCAACCGCGAAUCGCACACCGAACUCAACUGCCAUACACAGAUGCCGUCAUUCAUGAAGUGCAGAGAUUUGCUAACAUCCUGCCCACAGGCGUUCCUCAUGCAACGACCACGAACGUCUUAUUUAAAAAUUAUUUUAUUCCAAAGGACACCGAAGUCAUCACUUUACUGACCUCAGUACUUCGAGAUCAAACACAGUGGGAGAAACCAGACACAUUCAAUCCAGAACAUUUCCUCAGCUCUACUGGAAAGUUUAUCAAGAAAGAAGCUUUCAUGCCCUUUUCAAUUGGUCGCCGGAUGUGUGCUGGCGAGUCACUGGCCAAGAUGGAACUUUUCCUUUUCUUCACCAGCCUCAUGCAGAAGUUCACCUUUCAGCCAUCCCCUGGGAUCUCCCAUCUGGACCUGGACCUAAGCCCAGACAUUGGCUUCACCACUCGACCAAUGCCUUACAAGAUAUGUGCUUUGUUCUAG